UUAGCAGCUUUAAUUUCUGUUAUUGAACCAGAUGGUGAGAAGCAACCUGGUCCAGUCCCGAAGUCAGUGCAGAAGCAGAGGAGAAUGCUGGAGCGCUUAGUGAGCUCUGAAUCUAAAAAAUUUAUUGCUUUGGAUGACUUUGUGGAGAUUACCAAGAAGUAUGCAAAGGGAAUCAUCCCAUCUAACCUGAUUAUGCAGGAAGAGGAAGAUGAUGAAUUGGCAGGGAAGACUCCUGAAGAGCUGCCUCUGAGACUGAAGGUUGUAAAAUACCCACUUCAUGCCAUAAUGGAAAUUAAAGAAUAUCUUAUAGAUAUUGCAUCAAAGGCAGGAAUGCAUUGGCUGUCUACCAUUAUUCCAACACAUCACAUCAAUGCUCUCAUCUUCUUCUUCAUCAUCAGUAAUCUGACAAUUGAUUUUUUUGCCUUCAUUAUUCCGUUAGUUAUAUUCUAUUUGUCCUUCAUUUCUAUGGUGAUUUGCACACUGAAAGUUUUUCAGGACAGUAAGGCCUGGGAAAACUUCCGCACUUUGACUGACUUACUGCUUCGUUUUGAACCAAACCUAGAUGUUGAGCAAGCUGAGGUGAACUUUGGGUGGAAUCACUUAGAGCCGUACAUUUAUUUUUUACUCUCAGUAUUCUUUGUGAAUUUUUCCUUCCCUAUAGCAAGCAAGGACUGUAUACCAUGCUCAGAGUUAGCUAUUGUCUCAGUUUUCUUCACAGUGACAAGUUACAUGAGUUUAAGCACGUGUGCAGAGCCAUACACGCGAAGAGCACUAAUGACUGAGAUAGCAGCAGGUUGCUUAUCCCUGUUGCAGAUAUUACCUGGGAAUUUUGGCUUCUUGAAAUUCUUAGGUAAAACCUUCUUUACUGUUCCUGUAGGCCAUCUUUUUGUGAUCAAUGUAAGCAUCCCGUGCCUUUUGUUUUUGUAUUUGUUCUAUCUUUUCUUUAGAAUGGCACAACUGCGAAAUUUUAAAGGCACCUACUGUUACCUGGUCCCAUAUCUGGUCUGCUUUAUGUGGUGUGAACUCUCCGUGGUCAUUCUGCGGGAGUCCUCUGGCAUUGGGCUGGUCCGUGCAUCAAUCGGAUACUUUCUGUUUCUCUUUGCACUCCCAGUGCUAGGUGUAGGCAUUGCGCUGAUGUGUCUGGUCCAUUUCAUUAAGUGGUUCGUGUCUCUGGAGCUCAUGAAAAUUGUAGUGACUCUAGUUUUGUGUGCUGUUCCUUUGCUCUUCCGAUGGUGGACAAAAGUCAAUUUCUCUGUAGUAGAUAUGGUUAAAUCCCUCACUCGAAGCUCAAUUGUGAAACUCAUUUUGGUGUGGAUUACGGCUGUGGUGUUGUUUUGUUGGUUCUAUGUGUAUCGAUCAGAGGGAAUGAAAGUUUACAACUCCACCUUGACGUGGAAUCAGUAUGCCUUCCUCUGUGGACCCCGAUCAUGGAAGGAGACCAAUAUGGCACGCACUCAGAUUUUAUGUAGCCAUCUGGAAGGACACAGAGUGACCUGGACUGGGCGGUUCAAAUACGUGCGUGUUACAGAAAUUGACAAUAGCGCAGAAUCUGCAAUAAACAUGCUUCCACUUUUUAUUGGCGAUUGGAUGAGGUGCUUGUAUGGUGAAACCUACCCUCUUUGUGACCCCAAAAAUGUCACUAUGGAGGAGGAAGAAUUGUGCCGUCUCAAGUACUUGACAAAGCAUAAGUGCCACAUGAAAAUGUUCGAUCGGUACAAAUUUGAAAUAACUGUGGGUAUGCCUUUCAGUAGCAAAAAUGGAACCAAGUUGAUGGAGGAAGAUGACAUAACCAAAGAUAUUGUGCUGAAGGCAAGCAGUGAGUUUAAGAAAGUGUUGUUGAACUUGAGGCAGGGAAGUAUAAUUGAAUUCAGCACAAUUCUGGAAGGUCGUCUUGGCAGUAAAUGGCCUGUCUUUGAAUUGAAAGCAAUCACUUGCUUGAAUUGCAUGUCUAAACUCCUACCUGCAGGGAGGCAUGUGAAAAUAGAGCAUGACUGGAGGAGCACAGUGCAUAAAGCCAUUAAAUUUGUUUUUGAUUUUUUCUUCUUCCCAUUCCUGUCAGCUGCAUAAUGAGCUCAUUUUGGUUCAGCGGCAUCUUCAAUGUACGCUGCAUUUACACUACCAAACAUUUGGCUUCUUAAAAAGAAAAAUAAACACAAAACCACCCUGCUGUAGCAAUGCUUAAAACGGAUGCUAAUGUAGAGCAUUGGUUGAGUUUUGUAAGUGUAAACACUUUAUCUUGAUUUUAAACCCGAUAUGACUGAAGUGUUACAUACUUGUUUCAUGUUAUAGAAGAAUGCAGGGCAUUGCUGCUGACUAAUUGCAUGGAGACUAUUCUGUCCAAAGUGAACAUGUUGUUUGCCUGUGAUAUGACACUAGGUGGAUUCACUUGCUGUGUUAAAGCACUUUACUCUUUAAAUAUUCACAACAUGCUCCUAUGUAUUUUCACAGGUAUGAUUUAUAGUAGGUAGUUGAUAAUAGCUUAUGUUGCACAUAUUGCUUGUAUGUAUUUGGUGUAUUCUAGAAAACGAUGAUCAUAUAAUCAGUUCCCGGUGGUGAUAUCUGUGUAAAAAAAAACAUUGUUUCAGUUCUUGUCCAGAAGUUGGUAAUUUCAACCUUUUUUUUGGAAGGGUACACCAUUUCACACCCCAGCAUGGUGGUAAAAUGCUCUCAAGCUUUCAUUUUGCAUUAAAUAUUCUUUACAAAACAAGCUGUUUGUUCUAAUGGCUGUGAUAGCUAGUCUGACACUAAGGUAUAAUCCAUGCUGGUGUGUGAAUGACAAACACCAUAUGGUAGGACUGGUAUUGUACUGGUACCAGUAACAGACAAGCCAAAGCAACUGAAAAUAAUAUGUAGAAGUCUAUGUUGGAAACUGAAAUAGAAUGUCUGUUUAAUAAUUUGUAUUGUGCAAAUAAAUAUAAAAUAUAAACUUGAUUAAAUGGGUA